AAAGUUCCGAUCGCGAAUUGAUGGCUGUUGAGGUCAAGUAGUGGUUUGUGUCGUGCGUGUUUGUGAGAGUGCAUGAGGUUAGGUGAAAAUGCAGUGUUUGUAGUAAGACUUCGGCUUCUAGAUAAUGCAGUCCAUUGUCUGGACUGGGAGACUUUUGUCUCGAGCGUUGUGGAAUGGCUUGUCGAAUUAUACGAACUGCGGUGAACAGAAUCUCAGCAGAAAACGUGAAUCCCGAAUAGUGUCUGCGGUGUGUGGUUUUCCAAAAGAACUUUCUCACGCCAAGUUUAGGAAAGGACAGUUUGGUGAUGAUGCCUACUUUACUGCAAAGUACAAGUCCGCGGAGGUUAUUGGUGUGGCGGACGGUGUUGGUGGUUGGAGGCAUUAUGGAAUCGAUCCGGGAGAGUUCUCGUCGUCACUGAUGCGUGCCUGUGAGCGGCUAGUCUGUAACGGCAGGUUUGCACCAUCUGAGCCAGCGGCGCUGCUUGCCAGCUCGUACUAUGAGCUGCUCGAAGACAAGCGGCCUGUGCUUGGUAGUACUACAGCAUGCGUGGUUGUGCUGAAUCGUGAGACACACAUGGCAUACACAGCGAACAUCGGAGACUCUGGGUUCGUUGUCGUACGCCGUGGACAGGUGGUGCACAGAUCUGAAGAACAGCAGCACUACUUCAAUACACCUUUCCAGCUGUCAAUGCCACCACCUGGCCACACUGGGCUUGUCCUCUCUGACAGGCCUGAAGCUGCAGAUACAUCCAAUUUUCCUGUUGAAGAUGGUGAUGUCAUCCUAUUGGCAACAGAUGGUGUUUUUGACAAUGUGCCUGACCAGUUACUGCUGGCAGAGUUGUGCAAGAUCCAAGGAGAAAGUGACCCACUGAAGAUUCAGGGUGUCGCAAAUUCCAUUGCUCUCAUGGCCCGUGCACUUGCAUUUGAUAGUAAUUUUUUGUCACCAUUUGCCCAGAAUGCACGCCACAAUGGUAUUGAAGCAAUUGGUGGGAAGCCAGAUGAUAUAACAGUGCUCUUGGCAACAGUUACUAUAUGAGACUAAUAUCAUUUAGGAUGGUGGUGUCCACUGCACUGAAACAUUUUGUCUUGUGCAUUCAGACACAUUAGGCAUGUUAUGUAGAAGUGUCUCAUUGUCAUGUUACAGUGUAGAAGUAAGUAGAAGUGGCAUUAGAUCAUUGAAGUGCUGAUUGCGAGAGGUGUUGAAUUAUGACACAGAUGAGAGGGUACUUCAUAUCUGAUGUGUAGAAUACUUGCUGACUGCUCUUUUGCAGAGACUGACAGUGGGUCCAGAGUAAUGAGUAAAACUGAUGCUCUUUAAUGGAAAGCUUCCUAGCAGUGCCUGUUGCAUUGUUUGUACUGUGUAGGGAGUGCAUGUUACAUUAAUUUUUGUCAUCUUUCAUUUUUAUAUUUAUACUCCUGCAUGGUUACAUAUUAAAGACAUUUUUGUGAAGACAUCAUUUAUUAUGCCUUUAUGUGUCAGCUGUAAUGUCUGCAGAUUCAGCUAAGAUACAUCAGUGCUUCACACUGUGAUAGAUUAAAAAUUGUUAUUCCUUUCCUGGAACUUUCCUUGAGACUGAAUGGUAUCAUAUUCAAUGAAAUAUGUUAUGCUGCAGCUUCAAUGAGCUACAGAAGUGAUUUAAGUGGAAAAUAAAACGCAAGAAGUGAUGUAAAUGACAGAAAAUGCAAUUAUGUAACAAACUGUGAAACAGUUAAUAAAAUAAUUAUAAACA